AUGUUCUCUUUCAACCCCUCUGUCACCAUGGUCAAGGACGGUCGACAUAUUGCGGCUACUUCAGCCACGGCGGUUAAUCUCAACGUACUACUUGAUAAGGACUUGACCUACACAUCGCUGUCGCUCAAAACCCAGACAGAGUCUCGUCGAACCAAAGUUUCGGAUUGCAACAUCUAUGUGACCUUGAGCCCUCUCAAACGAAUGAAAUUGGUGGAAAGCCUUGCGACUAAGCGCCCGCAAAGCUGGUUCAAGAGGGACUUUUUGACGCGUGGGGCCUCGGGCGAAGGAAUACCCCGGGCAACCGCAAUUACGGUCAAUAACGGACCACCCGAAAGUGGGCAUCUUGCUCCUGCCGGAACUGUAAAUUCAUACUGCGUUGACAGGGCUCCCUCCGCUGAUGAACUUCCGCCGCCCCCCCCUUAUCAGGCAACAGCACCAAUAUCGAAACCAAUUACAUCUCCAGACAGAAACUUCAACAUCAGGCCUGCUCUUUUGGACUCUAUAAGAGAAGGUGAUGUUGCUUUUGCUAUAAGUCUGCUUCGCACAGGGACCGACUCGAAUGUGAAAGAUUCCUACGGUUUCGCUCUCACACAGGCUAUAAGGGGUGGUUUUGAGGAGCUCGCAAUGGAGCUGCUUCGAAGAGACGCCAACCCGAAUGUGAAAGAUUCCUACGGUUUUGCUCUCACGCAGGCUAUAAGGGGUGGUUUUGAGGAGCUCGCAAUGGAGCUGCUUCGAAGAGACGCCGACCCGAAUGUGAAAGAUUCCUACGGUUUUGCUCUCACACAGGCUAUAAGGGGUGGUUUUGAGGAGCUCGCAAUGGAGCUGCUUCGAAGAGACGCCAACCCGAAUGUGAAAGAUUCCUACGGUUUUGCUCUCACACAGGCUAUAAGGGGUGGUUUUGAGGAACUCGCAAUGGAGUUGCUUCGAAGAAACGCCGACCCAAGAGCCGCCUCUUCUGGUGUUCUUCUGGUGUGA